CUCUUUCAACCACCUCGGGAGACUGCUUGACAAUAAAACUAAAAGAUUGAUUCUUUGGACCAUGUUAUUGUACAUGAUCUAAUCUCAGUGUUUUAUACAAAUUUCGGUUGACGUAUCUACUGGUGAACUUUAACCUAAUGUGCUUGUUCAAUUUGCAAACUUGUUAAAGAUUGAUACUGAGGUUAGCACUAGGCUAGUCGCUAAUGCUAGCUAGCUAACAUCCCUGACCAUGAGCUCACUGAACUACUCCUCCCUUGCUAAUGAAGCGGAGGUCUGCUGUACGGAUAAAGAGUCUUUCAGAAUGAAAAAGGAGGAAGAGGAGGCUGUUAUAGUGAAAGAAGAGAAUGAACCGUUUAGAGAGGAAGAGGAUGCUAUCUUAAUAAACGUGAAGGAGGAAGACGUUUUGAGAGUGAAAAAGGAGGAGACAGAAGAUCCGAUUGACACCAGAGAGAGACAUGACUAUUGUGGAUCCUCUGCGGAGCCUCAACAACAUCCUGAUGCUGACGAGGAAGAGAAGAGUCUCUCCAGAUCAGAACACCAGAUGGACAACGCUAGCCCUUCCUCCCUCCCGGAGUCCAUGUGUCAUUCUUCUCCUGGUAGCACCUUACUGCUGGGUAUGAAGAGGUUGUCUGUGCUGCUGGUGGACUGCAGGAAAACAACGGGGCUGAGUGGAACUGUGAGAGGUGGAGAUGAGAUGAAAGGAUCAGAUUUGACUCAUCAAAGAGAAAGACCAGACUCAGAGGAACCAGAGCCAGGGAUGUCAAAACCAGCAAGAAGACACCAGUGUUCCCACUGUGGAAAGGGUUGUAACCACUUAAGUGAGCUUAAACGACAUGAGCGAAUACACAUAGGGGAGAAGCCUUACCACUGUUCCCAGUGUGGAAAGGGUUUUAACGAUUUGGGAAAGCUGAAACGACACGGGAGAAUACACACAGGGGAGAAGCCUUACCACUGCUCCCAGUGUGGAAAGCGUUUUAACGAUUUGGGGAAGCUGGAACGACACGAGAGAAUACACAGAGGGGAGAAGCCGUACCACUGCUCCCAGUGUGGAAAGGGUUGUAACGAUUUGGGGAAGCUGAAACGACACGAGAGAAUACACACGGGGGAGAAGCCUUACCACUGCUCACACUGUGGAAAGGAUUUUAACGAUUUGGGGAAGGUGAAACGACACGAGAGAAUACACACAGGGGAGAAGCCUUACCAUUGCUCCCACUGUGGAAAGUGUUUCAACCAGUUAGGGACCUUGAAACAGCACAAGAUAAUACACACAGGGGGGAAUCGUUACCACUGCUCCCAGUGUGGAAAGGGUUUUAACAAUUUGGGGAAGCUGAAACGACAUGAGAGAAUACACACAGGGGAGAAGCCUUACCAAUGCUCGCAAUGUGAAAAGAUGUAUAGUGAGAAAGGACACCUGAAAGCUCAUGAGAAAAUUCACACAGGGGAGAAGCCUUACCAAUGCUCCCAGUGUGGAAAGUGUUUCACCUGGGCAGGGUAUCUGAAAAAACACGAACGAAUACACACAGGGGAGAAGCCUUACCACUGCUCCCAGUGUGGCAAGUGUUUCAACGGGGCGGGGGAUCUGAAAAAACACGAAAGAAUACAUACAGGAGAGAAGCCUUACCACUGCUCCCACUGUGGCAAGUGUUUUAACCAGUUAGGGGCCCUGAAACAGCACGAGAGAAUACACACAGGGGAGAGGCCUUACCACUGCUCCCAGUGUGGCAAGUGUUUUAGCCAGUUAGGGACCCUGAAACAGCACAAGAUAAUACACACAGGGGAUAUGCAUUACCACUCCUCCCAGGAUGCAAAGCUUUUGCCCAUUUAGGAAGCCUGAAAGAACAUGAGACACAGAGGAGAAGGCUUACAGAAGGUUAGAUUUUGGGAAAACAUAUUACUCAUAACAAUCACGUCAUUAGAGAAUCCACACAGGAGAGAGAAAUUACUUCUCUUAGCAUGUAUAUUGAUAUUUCACAUCUCAUUGACUCACAACUCAUCAGAGAACAUACACAGUGCUCCCAUUGUCUUAUAUUGUAGACUGAUAAUGUGUUUACCUGUUUUUACCAGAUGAAAUUGCUUCUUCCAAUUAUUGAGUAACAUGUACCUGUUAAGAAACUGACUGUUAGAUAUGUUAAGGCUCCAUGGAUUGAUGAGGAAUUUAAAAACUGUAUGUUUGAAAGAGUUGGGGCAAAAGGAGUGGCUAAUAAGUCUGGCUGGCUGUCUUAUGUACUGCAAAUUGAGAAAUGAUGUGACCAAACUCAACAAAAAUAAUCAACUUAUUAAGAAGCCAAGAUCAAUGAUAUAAAGAAUGAUGUAAAAAAAACAUCAUGAAAGAAAAGCAGUGCAAGUUUUGAAUUUUGUAAAGUUCGUGUGGGAGAGGUGGAAAAAUUGUUAUCGAUCAAUAAUGACAAACCUCCUGGCAUUGACAACUUAGAUGGAAAGCUACUGAGGACAGUAGCUGACUCUAUUGCCACUCCUAUCUGUCAUAUUUUUAACAUGAGCCUAGAGGAAAGUCUUUGUUUUCAGGCCUGGAGGGAAGCCAAAUUAAUCCACUACCUGGUCAUGUAAGACUGGAAGUAAGACUGGAACAUAGUAUCAACAGGAACUCUUAGUUCCCUUUAUCCAUCUGUUACCUAAAAUAUAGUUUCAACACACAGACAUCUGACUUUGUACAGUUGACCUUUUCAUGCACUUGCAAGGUGUCUACCACUGAUUCUUAAUCUCAAGCUAAAGCAAAACAUGAAUCAUUGUAGUUUUGUCAUCACAGGUGUUUCUAUAAUUUACAGAUAUCAUCAAAGUUCUUACAAGUCAAAUUACACACAUCUCUGACACACACACUUAUCCCACCAGACAUGCCACUGGGGGUCUUUUCACAGUUCACAAGAUUCCAGAACAAAUUCAAGAAAGCGUACAGUAUUAUAUAGGGCCCUUAUUGCAUGGAACUUCCUUCCAUCUCAUAUUGCUCAAAUAAACAGCAAACCUGGUUUCAAAAAACAGAUAAAGCAACACCUCUCCCCUAUUUGACCUCGGUAGUUUGUGUGAAUGCAUUGAUAUGGAGGCUACGUGUGCCUUUUACAAAAUGUAUGUAGUUCUGUCCUUGAGCUUUUUCUUGUCUAUUGAUGUUCUGUAUUAUUGUCACGCCAUAGAGGCUUAUUAUUCUCUAUUUUGGUUAGGCCAGGGUGUGACUCGGGUGGGAAUUCCAGUUUCUUUAUUUCUAUGUUUUCUAUAUCUUUGGUUUUGGCAGUGUGGUUCCCAAUCGGAGGCAGCUGUCUAUCAUUGUUUCUCAUUGGGAAUCAUACUUAGGCAGCCUUUUUCCACCUGUGAUUUUUGGGUAGUUGUUUUCUGUAUAGUUGAUUUGCCUUACAUAACUGUUUGUUGUUCUCUUUGUUGUUUUUUGAUUAAAUAAAAAUCAUGUGUAUGUGACAAAUAAAAUUUGAUUUGAUUUGAAAAUGGGACAUCAGCCAACUCAGUGACAACCACAGAACACAAAUAUGUAUAGUUUAUACAAAUAUUAGUCUCUUAGCUCUUAUUGCAGGACUUUGACUGUGGUACACCACCUCCCCAGUCAACCUAUUGUGUAUUGAACAUUCAUAUUGGACU